AUGAAUUUCUUUCCGAAUGAUCAGGUUAUCGAUGGGUGGCCUAUCAAUGGGAAAGAACCUGUAACGCAAUCGAAUCUUCGUCUAGAUGAAAGUGUCAUAUUUGUCCUUCUACUUAUGCGUCCUGUCGUAGGGUGGCUCAUUGCUACCUAUCCAUUCUGUGCACCUGGUCGAUGGUUCGACACGGCAGCCAUUCUGCGCCGACAGCCAUGUCCCGAUCAGGCAAUAGAUUUCGCGUGUGUCCGCAUAGGAUGGAAUUCUGGAUUACGUCGAUCGAUUGUGAUGAUUUAUCCAGUUCAUAUUGAUAACUGCUCUAUCGCUCUUUCACAGAACCCUCUUCCUGUUCACAGAACUUCAUCACUGACCAUGGGCGCACAUGUGACUGUUUCACUUUUUCAUAAUUACUUCGCAAUAACCGAGUAUUUUGACACGGCAGAUUUCAUUUCUAUCAGAAUCGUUCAACUCUUCGUACUCGUCUUUGGUGAAGCUGAAACAUCAGACAUCGUAAAAUAA